UUAACGAGUUUUUUGGAGAUUUCUCUUUUUUUCGUACUUUGAAGACCUGUGAAGUGAACCGCUAUGGGCACGAUCUUCUCUCAGAUUUUUAACAAGUUCGUGUCCAAAACUCCAGUUCGCAUCCUCAUGGUGGGUUUGGAUGCUGCAGGGAAAACCACCAUUUUGUACAGAAUGAAGCUGAAUGAAGUUGUCACUACCAUCCCCACAAUUGGUUUUAAUGUGGAGACAGUGGAGUACAAGAAUAUCAGCUUCACAGUUUGGGAUGUGGGGGGACAGACUAUCAUCAGACCCCUGUGGAGGCACUACUUCACCAAUACACAGGGGCUGAUCUUUGUUGUGGACAGUAACGACCCAGAGAGAAUCAAAGACGCAGCGGAGGAACUACAAAUAAUGUUACAGGAGGAUCAGCUGAGGGGCGUGGCUUUACUGAUCUUUGCAAAUAAACAGGAUCUGCCUCGUGCCAUGACAACAGCUGACAUAACACAUGCCCUCGGCCUAUCAUCUGUCUCCAACCCUUGGUUGGUACAGGCGUCGUGCGCAGUCUCUGGAGCAGGUCUUGCUGAGGGUCUGGACUGGCUCUCCAACCACAUCCCCAAAUAACACAACACUCAGAUUUCCCACUGUUUCAGGAGCCUUAAAUACAACGCUGUCACUUUAUUACACUUGAAAGAAUGUUUAAUAUAGUGUCUUUGUAUGCACUGAACUAAUCUC